AUGAACCUGCACCAGGUGCUGACGGGGGCUGUGAACCCCGGCGAUUACUGCUUCUCGGUGGGCAGCUUGCACGACCAGCCUUUCACGGCAUAUGCAUCAGGAUGUGAUAUUGUGGUACUGGGGACUGACUUUGAAAGAUUACAGAUAAUCCCUGGUGCAAAACAUGGAAACAUACAAGUGGGAUGUGUGGACUGUUCAAUGCAACAGGGGAAGAUUGCAGCUUCUUACGGAGAAGUGAUUUGUAUCUUUGAGCCAGUUAGCCUCAUGAAGCAGAACAGUGAUUUAACAUUACAUUAUCAGUGGCAGAAGAAUGCUCAAAUCUUACUGGAAGCCAUAGCACAUAAUCUAACAUGGGAUCCCACAGGCACUCGCCUUUUGACUGGUUCCAGUUGUCUUCAGCUUUGGUCCAAUGUUCCUUUGGAAAACUCUUCUGACAAUGACAGUGAAAGAACAGAUAUUGGACUUGGUGAAUGGAGGUGUAUCUGGCAGUGCAAAACUGCUUCUCAAGUUUGUUUAAUGAAAUUCUCACCGGAUGGGGAGUUUUUUGCUACUGCAGGAAAGGAUGAUUGUCUCGUGAAGGUAUGGUACAAUACAGACAGCUGGCGAUCAGCUGUAACACCACCUGGUGCAAGUCCAGAAAAACAAGCAAAAGAAGUUCAUUUUUCAUUUGUUUAUUUGGCUCAUCCUCGAUCAGUAAAUGCAAUUUCAUGGAGGAAGACCAGUAAAUUCAUGCCACGUGGUGCUGUCUGCAAUGUACUUCUGACUUGCUGUAAGGAUAAUGUUUGUCGUAUCUGGGCAGAGACUUUGUUACCCAAUGACAGUCUGUUGAAUGGUGGACGAUACAACAACUGGAGUGAAGCAGCUAACUUCACAAGUAACUUCAAGAGAAAUACUUCAAGUAAGGAAAAAGUGCAAAAUGCCUUAGAGUUAAACCUGAGGCACUUUCGACGAGGAAGGAGGAGGACAGGUGCUGUUGUAGCACAUACUGGGUAUGCUCCACAUCAGCGAGAUGCCCAUGAAGUUCACAGGAACACCCUUCCUCAUGCAAAUGCACUUUGUAAUUUCCAUAUUGCUGCCAGUAUCAAUCCAGCCACAGAUAUUCCUCUACUCCCUUCUAUAACAUCUCUGAGUCUUGGUGAAAAUGAAGAAACAAGUGGACCUUUUGUUGUGCACUGGCUGAACAAUAAAGAACUUCAUUUUACUUUAUCCAUGGAAGUAUUUUUGCAACAACUUAAAAAGAGUUUUGAGCAUCAUUCCCCUGAGACUAACACUGAGGAAUCUAAUCAAAUGGAUGGCAGAUCAGAAGAAGUUAAUGAAAAUGGAGAUGAACAAAAAAAAGGAAACCAAGAAAAGAAGGAUCUGGGUGAUGAGAAAACUACUGCAAAUUCAAAUUUCAUUCCUUUAUCUUCUGCUAUUAUUGAUCAUGAAAUUGAAAUACUACUUUCUGAAUGGAGUAAAAAUGCUGACAUGCUUUUCAGUAUACAUCCUAUGGAUGGUUCACUGCUGGUAUGGCAUGUGGACUGGCUAGAUGAAUACCAGCCUGGCAUGUUUCGCCAGGUGCAGGUGUCAUUUGUCUCAAGAAUUCCUGUAGCAUUUCCAACGGGUGAUGCAAACUCUCUUUGCAGAAGCAUAGUGAUGUAUGCUUGUACCAAAAAUGUCCACUUAGCUAUCCAACAAGGCAAACAAAAGCCUCCUGGCCUCACACGGUCUUCAUCUAUGCUUAUCUCUUCUGGACACAGUAAAUCCACCAACAGUUUAAAACUAAGUAUCUUCACACCUAAUGUUAUGAUGAUUUCCAAACAUGCAGAUGGGUCACUGAACCAGUGGCUAGUGAGUUUUGCUGAGGAAUCUGCUUUUUCAACUGUACUCAGUAUUUCACAUAAAUCCCGAUAUUGUGGUCACCGUUUUCAUCUUAAUGACUUGGCUUGCCACUCAGUAUUACCACUGCUGCUUACAACCUCACAUCACAACACUCCAAUUUCACCAGACAUUGAGAAUGCAAAACAGGCAAAUGAUUCUUUAAAGUCUCAGGAGUCACCAGCAAGAUUUCAGAGUAGAGGCAAUGCAGAUGUAACAUCCCAGGAUCCCAAUGCAGUUUACAGUGAGCUUAUUCUUUGGAGAGUUGACCCUGUUGGGCCUUUGUCCUUUUCUGGUGGAGUUUCUGAACUUGCUCGGAUCAAUUCUCUCCAUGUUUCAGCCUUUUCUAAUGUUGCAUGGCUGCCCACACUUAUACCCAGCUACUGCCUUGGUGCAUAUUGUAAUUCUCCAAGUGCCUGCUUUGUGGCUAGCGAUGGACAGCAUUUGAGAUUAUAUCAAGCUGUAAUAGAUGCUAAGAAACUUUUGUGUGAGCUCUCCAAUCCAGAAAUUUCGAAAUAUGUUGGUGAAGUUUUUAACAUCAUAAGUCAGCAAUCUACAGCUCGCCCAGGAUGUAUCAUUGAACUGGAUGCUAUCACAGAGCUACAUGGCAGGAAAACACAGUUAUUUCAUGUUUUUCAAGAAGACUUCAUCUCAAGUAACCAGGAGAAGGAAAUACCUGAAAAGAAGACCAAUUCAUCAGACUCUGGAAACCAGUGGAAUGGAUUCUCGGAAAAAUUCUACUUAAUAGUAGUGGAGUAUACGCAAAACUGUUCAUUGCUACAUAUGUGGCAUUUACAUCUGAAGUCAAUUCCUGUCUCAGUAGAUGAAAAGAUAGAUUCAACUACAGCUGGAUCGGCAACACAAACAGAAGUGUAUUCUUUACCAGGUCUAGAGAAGAUCCAAUCACCUUUCACUCAAAAGUAUCAGGCCUGUAGAGCAAACCUUCAGAGCACCAGCAGGCUCUCACUGUCUUCCAAAAUGGUAUAUAGUCAAAAGUUGAAUUUGCCAGAAGGAGUAGAGAUAAUAAGUGUGAAGCCAUCAGCAGGGCAUCUGAGUUCUUCUUCUAUAUACCCUGUUUGUCGUGCACCAUAUCUGCUGGCUACUUCAUGCUCUGAUGGAAAAGUUCGAUUCUGGAGAUGCAGGGUUACUACUGAAUCAUCAGCUUCUUCCAUGCCAGAGUGUAGCGCACGAAGUGAUGUCACUUACGUAUGGGAAGAGUGGCCAUUGAUGAUUGAGGAUGGAUUUCUUAGUAGUAGUGCUAUUAAUGUUCCAGGAAGGCCAACCGAAGUUAGCUGUGCACACACGAACAGAUUAGCAGUAGCAUACAAGCAGGUAACAUCUAAAACCGGUAAUCUUUCUGAAGAUUUUAUAAUGCAUGUUAGUAUUUUUGAAUGUGAGUCUACAGGGGGUUCUUCUUGGAUUCUAGAACAGACUCUUCAUUUAGAUGAGAUAGGCACUGUGUUACACUCUGGUGUUAGUAUUGAUAGUAAUUUAGUGGCAUAUAACCGACAAGAUGUUUCUCUGUCUCAUGGUGGGAAUAUUAUGCCCAGGGCUAAGCACUUGGUACACUUAGAUUGGAUGUCUAGGGAAGAUGGUUCACAUGUUCUAACAGUGGGAAUUGGAUCCAAACUUUACAUGUUUGGUCAGCUGUCUGGGAGAAUGCAAGAACAAAAUGGCAAGGAGAUUGUGGCAUUCUCACAUAGUGGUGGUAUGAAGGCUACAACUCUUUCUGGGUUUGUUCUGCUGCGCUCUGUUGACUUGGUUUCAUCUGUAGAGGGUUCGCCUCCUUUUCCAGUCUCCUUGUCUUGGGUGCGCGAUGGCAUUCUUGUAGUUGGAAUGGAUUGUGAAAUGCAUGUUUACUCCCAGUGGCAAUCUCCUUCCAAGCAGGAACUAGUUAGUACAGAUUCCUACAGUGGAAGUAUGCCAUCUAUAACUGGCUUAAUAAAACAAAGCCUGUCAGCCAUCUCAGGUCUGCACCCACCAAAACGAACAUUGACCAGAUCUAUGACCAGCCUUGCACAGAAACUUAGUGGUAAAAGAUCUGCCUGUGAUCUUUCUGCGGAAAUGGAAGAUUCUGGUCUUUUUGAAGCAGCUCAUGCAUUAUCUCCCACUUUACCUCAGUACCAUCCGUAUCAACUGUUGGAACUCAUGGAUCUUGGUAAAGUACGUAGAACAAAAGCCAUUCUGUCCCAUCUAGUAAAGUGCAUUGCUGGAGAAGUUGUUGCUAUAAAUGAAUCUGAACCUAAUCAUGAUAAGAGGCUCAGAUCUCUGACCAUCAGUGCUAGUGGAAGUACUGCAAGAGAUCCCAAAACAUUCAGCAAAACUGAGACUACAGACUAUAUUGAAAUAGACUCUGUUCCACCAUUGCCUUUGUAUGCUCUGCUUGCUGCAGAUGAGGAUUCAUCUCAUUCCUGUUCAGAGAAGUCUAAUAAUAAAAAUAAAAAAGAUAAGCCUAGUGACAGUUAUGAAGAUCUCUUUCAAAAUACUGCUGUAAGUACAGAUGAACUGGUUACAUUUGAUGCAGAUGAAGACAAUUCAAAACCAAAAGUCAUCGAUCUUGCUCAGUAUAGCCCAACUUACUUCGGACCAGAGCAUGCCCAAGUUCUUUCUCGUCACUUGCUUCAUUCAAGCUUGCCAGGUCUGACUAGAAUGGAGCAAAUGUCAUUGAUGGCCUUGGCAGAUACAAUUGCUACUACCAGUACUGAAAUUGGAGAAAGCAGAGACAGAAAUCAGGGUGGUGAAACUCUUGAUGAAUGUGGUUUAAAAUUUGUAUUGGCUGUUCGGCUUCACACAUUUCUAACAACUGCACUUCCUCCUGUACAUCGAGCUCAACUGCUCCACCAAGGCUUAUCUACUAGUCAUUUUGCCUGGGCGUUUCAUUCAGUAGCAGAAGAAGAACUACUGAGCAUGCUCCCUGCAGUGCAGAAAGGAGAUCCAGCAUGGUCAGAACUCAGAGCUAUGGGUAUAGGAUGGUGGGUUCGGAAUAUCCAUAGCCUGCGGAAAUGCAUAGAAAAGGUGGCUAAAGCAGCCUUUCAGCGAAACAAUGAUCCACUUGAUGCGGCCAUUUUUUACCUUGCAAUGAAAAAGAAGGCUGUGAUCUGGGGACUAUACAGGUCCCAAAAAGACACUAAAAUGACACAGUUUUUUGGAAACAACUUUACUGAGGACAGAUGGCGUAAAGCAGCAUUGAAGAAUGCUUUUUCUUUGCUAGGCAAACAGCGUUUUGAACAUUCUGCAGCAUUUUUCUUGUUGGCAGGACACUUAAAAGAUGCAGUGGAGGUCUGCCUUGAAAAACUGAAUGACAUUCAGUUGGCUCUUGUAAUAUCAAGACUUUAUGAAUCAGAGUUUGAAGUAUCUAGUACUUACAAAUCUGUACUACAGAAGAGAAUUCUGGGAAGUGUGUGUCCUGGAAAAGAAAGCUUAGAAAACAUGCACUGUGACCCUUUUCUGCGAAGUAUGGCUUACUGGAUUUUGGAAGAUUAUAGCAAGGCUCUUGACACUUUAAUUAAACAUUCUGUUGAAGAUGGAGGUAAGAGUGGCUCAUCAAGUUGUAACCCUGCAGUGUUUAACUUCUAUAACUACUUAAGAACACAUCCUCUCUUGUUGAGACGUCAUUUUGGCUCUUCUGAUACAUCCUCCACACACAUUUGCCUAACAGUAGAAAAUGGAUUAGCUGACAAAAUCAACAUGGGUGAAAGGCGGUUGUUUUUUACCACUGCAUAUGCUCAUCUAAAAGCUGGUUGCCCUAUGCUGGCAUUAGAAGUGUUAUCAAAGAUGCCCAAAGUUGUCAUGAAGUCAAAGUCAUUCUGUAGAUCCCCUAGUUUAAUGGAUACUAGUAAAGACUUCUCACCAUCUUCUCUAGUUAAAGAGUCAGAAACAAAAGACCAGUCUUCCAGUAUUGAUUGGUCACAGCCAGUGCUGAAUGGUCGAGGUUCCUCUUCAGAUUGUUCAUCAGGAAAACAUUCCUGUUCAACUCUUUCCUUUGAUUGGAGCCAGCCAAGUGUGGUAUUCCAAGAUGAGCCCUUAAAACUACAGUCAGAUAGUGAUGGAAGUGAGAGUGAAGAUUCUUCCCUGGUAAUGAAAGAGUUAAAACCUCUGAAGAAAACUGAAAAAUUAUAUGAAGGAAGUUCUAGCUACACAGAAUCUUUCAGUGUCGUUGAUGACAGAGAUAUUCUAAGUCAAUCAGAAGAUAUCAUUUCAGCACAACUGAAGUUUAGAGCAUGCCUUAAAAUUCUUACUGUAGAGCUUCGUACGCUGUCCACUGGUUAUGAAAUAGAUGGUGGGAAGCUGAGGUAUCAGCUUUAUCAGUGGCUUGAAAGAGAAGUGGUAGCUCUUCAAAAGACAUGUGACUAUAGUGUCGAAGUAGAAGAUACACACUCAGAAAUUAGCAUGUUGCCAGAGGAAGCUACAUUACAUGAAAACACUGAAGACUUAGCUGACGAGCAAAAACAUACACUACAGAAAGAAGACUUUCAGAAGAGACGACAAUGGCUCCUGAAAUACCAGUCUCUCCUAAGAAUGUUCCUUAGUUACUGUAUACUUCAUGGCUCUCAUGGUGGAGGUUUGGCAUCAGUCAGAAUGGAAUUAAUUCUGCUGCUGCAAGAAUCUCAGCAGGAACAGUCAAUACAGAUAGCUGCCAGCCCUCUGCCAGAGCAGAGUUCCAUACCUCUCCUAUUUGCUUGCACAGCGAGUGCCAAAACAGUGGUGGCUAAUCCAUUGUUACAUCUUGGUAACUUAACUCAUGAUAUAUUGCAUGCCAUAGUAAACCUUGAUUCACCACCUCAUCCAGAUACUCAGAACAACAAGGUAUACAUAAUGCAUACCUUAGCAGCAUCACUCUCUGCCUGCAUCUACCAAUGUCUUUGUGAUGGUCACAGCUACAGCUCAUUUCAAGCGAAUCAGUUCACUGGAACAGUGUAUCAGACAGUGCUAUUAACUCAGCGCCAUUCUUUAAGAACAGCAAGCUUAGAAGAAACAGUGACUCCCAAUACAUCACCUGCUGAGUGGCCAGGAAUAACAGCUCUAAUACGUCUCUUGAAUUCUGCUGGUGAGGAAGCUCAGCCAGGUCUCACAGUUUUACUCUGUGAAAUUCUAACUGCAGUAUACCUGAGUCUGUUCAUUCAUGGCCUAGCCACACAUUCUAGCAAUGAGUUGUAUAGAAUUAUGGCUCAUCCACUUAACAAUAAGAUGUGGUCUGCUGUCUUCGGAGGAGGAGCUCAUGCACCCAGCAGAGGACAACUUCAAUUAAAGACAAAACCUGUUUCUUCCUCUGCAGAUGAUGGAGAGAAACAACAAAAACGUUACAGACUGUCAUCAGAAACAUCUCCAAAAGAGAGUUCUCAGUUACCUGCAUUGCCAUUGGUAGACCAAGAAUCUCCAUUUUACAAAGAAAGAUUUAUUCCUCCUGAGCUCAGCAUCUGGGAUUAUUUCAUUGCAAAGCCUUUUCUUCCAUCACAAAGUAGAGUGGAAUAUGAUUCAGAAGAAAGUCAGGAAAGUCGUGAAGAUGAUGAAGAUAUUGAUGGAGAUGUCUUUGCAUCAAAUUCACAUAAUCAAGAGCAUUCUAAUUCAAAUUCAUACAGUUGGUCACUGAUGAGAUUGGCAAUGGUUCAGCUGGUACUUCACAAUUUGAAGACUUUCUACCCUUUGGCUGGACAUGAUCUUUCAGAGCUUCCAGUUAGCUCCCCGAUAUGCCAUGCAGUGUUGAAAACACUACAGCGCUGGGAACACGUUCUCCUCCGACGUCUUGAGCUAUAUGGGGGUCCACCUCAACAUUAUAUUUCAGUUCAUGCUUCUGAAGAUAUCCUAGCUGCUGGUCCUGCAUUGCUUCGCCACAAAACUUUACUUGAGCCUACAAACACUCCAUUCAGAUCUAACAGUUACGUUGCACUAUCAGUGAAGAGGCUCUGGCAGUAUCUGGUUAAACAGGAAGAAAUCCAGGAAACCUUUAUCAGAAAUAUUUUUACAAAGAAGCAAUGCCUUAAUGAGUCAUUAGAGGAGCACAAUGAAACCAUGAAAAAUUCUGUGAUGGAGGAGCCCAUCAUCAAUAAGGUAGAAGCAGAUACAGGAUACCCAGGAAGCAAGGCAAGAAUAAUCCAUAAAGAGUCUGACAUCAUUACUGCUUUUGCAGUCAAUAAGGCUAAUCGGAACUGCAUUGCAAUAGCAUCGAGUCAUGACAUACAAGAAUUAGAUGUUUCUGCAAUUUUAGCUACACAAAUCUAUACCUGGGUUGAUGAUGAUGUGGAAAUAGAAAAUAAAGGGGCUGAUGAUUUCUUAGUUAUACAUGCUCGUGAUGAUCUGGUAAAUGUUCAGGGAACCACUCCCUAUACUCAUAGUAGUCCCGGCACACCUAUCAAUAUGCCUUGGCUUGGUAGUACACAAACUGGCAGGGGUGCAUCUGUGAUGCUCAAGAAGGCUAUUAAUAAUAUCAGAAGAAUGGCUUCUCAUCCAACAUUACCAUAUUACCUGACAGGUGCUCAAGAUGGAAGUGUAAGAAUGUUUGAAUGGGGUCAUGCACAGCAAAUCACAUGUUUUCGGUCCGGUGGCAACUCAAGGGUAACUCGAAUGAGAUUCAAUUACCAAGGAAAUAAGUUUGGAAUUGUUGAUGCUGAUGGAUAUAUAAGUUUAUAUCAAACAAACUGGAAAUGUUGUCCACUUACUGGUACUUCACCUAAACCAUAUUUGACUUGGCAGUGUCAUAAUAAGACAGCCAAUGACUUUGUUUUCAUCAGUUCAUCAUCUUUGAUAGCCACAGCAGGAUCAUCUUCUGACAACAGAAAUAUUUGUCUUUGGGAUACUUUGGUUUCACCUACAAAUAGCUUGGUGCAUGCUUUUAUCUGUCAUGAUAGUGGAGCAACUGUGCUAGCAUAUGCUCCAAAACAUCAGCUGUUAAUCUCUGGAGGCAGAAAAGGCUUUACAUGUAUAAUUGAUCUUCGACAAAAACAGCAGCAACAGUUACUCCAGAGUCAUGAUUCUUCAGUCAAAGCGAUUGCUGUUGAUCCCACAGAAGAGUAUUUUGUCACAGGAUCUGCUGAAGGCAACAUAAAGGUGUGGAGUCUGUCUACAUUUAAUCUUCUUCACACUUUCGUCAAUGAGCAUGCUCGACAGUCUCUCUUCAGAAACAUUGGGACAGGAGUCAUGCAAAUUGAGACAGGACCAGCAAAUCACAUAUUCUCCUGUGGUGCUGAUGGAACAGUAAAGAUGAGGAUCUUGCCUGAUAGAUUAAGCCCUUUAAAUGAUGUGUUAAAAAAUGAUGUGAAAUUUAUGAUGUAGUAUUUUUCUCAGAACAGUGUAUAACAUUCCCCUUCUACCAUCCCUGAAAAUAUUUUUCCUGGAACUAGCCAACAAAGCAGAUACACAAUGAUAGCUUGUGCCACAAAGAUGCACUUUUUGGGUUUUUUUUGCCCCCAUAUUUAUUACCUGAAACUUUAAGUCCCUGAUGCACUGAUGCCUUAAGGAUUAGCAAGGUUCUUCAGACUUUGAUUGUUGCCUGAAAUAAAAGCUAUAUAUGGCUCCAAAUUAUAUAGUUAUAAUACUAUUAAGAUGUUGCUGAAGUAGUUUACUCUUUCUUUUGAGGUAGUUACACUCCCACCUUGUGCAUAGCCUCUGUCCAGAGGGAAACCAGAUGAUGUUACUCUUUCACUGUGGUGACUAUUACAACUGUCUCUCUUCUGAAUUCUAGUCAGCUGACAUUAAAGCAUUUUACCUAUGUAUAGAAGAGAAAGCCAGAGUCCUGGCCAUGCAAGCAUUCAUAUAAUAAGCCACUAUCUGUCUCCAUUCCUGGAAGCCAGGCUGUUUACCUCUCUAACUUGCCUGAUCUCCUUCCUCUGAUCUAGGAUAUAAGAAACUGAAAGAUGUUCUGUGACUUGAAUCACUGCCAUCAGGAUGGCAGGCUUACCUAUUAAAAAGAAAUAUAUUUUUUACCCUGAACACUCCCUUUACAAAUAUCUGUAAAUAUUAACAUAUAUCUUCCUAGUAAAAUAGUCAAGAUUGUGUGAAGAUUCAGUCUUGAUCAAAAAGAUGCAGGAAGAUACAUACUGCUUUAGGAUAUGGCACUAGAAUUUCUUCAAAGACUAUUUAUUUACAUGUCUGUAGAGGGGAAUAAAAUAAUUUAUUUUUACAUUUUUUUCCAGUAAGACUUUUAUUUAGCCCAAAGAUACUCAGUUCACACUUAGCACUUAUGUUCUUGUUUGUCUGCUUUUCCUAAGUACUUUACAAAAAAAGAAAAAGUAAAAAACUUCAACAGCAAAGUACUUUAAUUCUAUCUUUGUAUGUAUGUUUACAUCUGGUAUAAAAUGAAAGACAAAAUAUUUUGGAAAAUAUAGAUGGGUUUUUUUGCCAAAAUAUUAAACCGCAUAACUUAAAUGUUUGACCAAAUUAUUAAUGCACAAAGCCUUUUACUUUUUUGUUUUGUUAGCUUAAAACUGUUUCUGUAAGUAUUUUAGUUUACUUUUCCUGACUUGAGAGCCUGACAAAGGUUUAAUUUGUAAAUUAGAUGUGAGGCUGGAUUACUUGAAUGCUGAUGGUGUACUUUUUGCUAAAAGAUAUUUUGUGAAAUAUAGCACCAAGAUACUAACUGUAAAAUAAACUUGUCAAAUUAGAAACUAUGGGGAUAAAUAAAGCAUAGCAGAAAUGAAGGGCUUGCAAAACGAACUUUAUAACAUUCUCAGGAUGCUUUUCUCUUAAGAAUAUAAAAUUGUUUAAAAAGAUUUUAUAAAAUGUAUUAAGGUCAUUUUAAAUAUAUGUUUCGCAGGUUGCAGUGCAAACACUAUGAAGGUCUUUAUGCACAUAACCUAAUUUUUCAGAUUGUGCAAUAAAAAGAAUGUGAAUAUUUUGCCAUGAAGAAACAUGUGACAGCAUUUCAAACUGGUACAGCUGUUCAGUGUAAUUGUAAUUGCUCUACCACACUUUACACAUUGAAAUAUAUAUUGAUCUCAAAGCAGUUUAAGUACAGUGGUGGACCAGAAAAGUGACUGACUAAAAUUGAUAACACCUUACCAGACUUGCCCAAUGUGUAUGUCAUAUCUGCUCAGUGGCUGAGUUUCUAAUAUUCCUUAUGCUUAUCAAAGAAGGAAAACAAUGGAGUUAACAGUAGCACACUCCUUUGGAAUCAACUGAAACCCUGACUGUAUUGCUGCUUAUUUACAUGCAUUAGUUUUAUGCACCCACGGAACUAAUAAAGUUACAUUCAAAAAAGAAAAAUGUGCAAAAAUCAUGGCAAUAUUAUAUAAUUAUGAUGUCCUUGAUGUUUUGUCCUUAAAUAUUUAUCUCAUUAGCUUUAGUAUUUCAAGCUCAGUUUAUUGUACUGGCAAUCACAAAAAGCUGUCCUAUCAUCUGCAAACUGAGCAGAUUUCAUAUGUAAUUUGCCAAGACAUAUGAUGUUGUCAUUUUUUCUGAGUAGAGCUGCACUGUGAAUAAUCCUGGCAAAUUUAGUCUUAUACCAGAAAACUACUGACUGUGAGCAGGCAUUUUUCAAUAAUGCUUAUAGUUGCCAUAAGCUACUCUCAAAAUGAAAUUAUGUAAAAUCAAGAUAUAUUUGCCACACCCUCAUAAUCUACCCAAUAAAUCCUGCAGAAACUCAACCUUUUAGAGUUCCAUGUUCCUGCUACUUCAUUUAAAAAUUAGUUGUUUGCUUGUAUAAUGUUUAUUGGUGUUUAACAAUUAUAGUAAGUCAAAUUACUGGUAACUUUCUUGUAAUGAUGCAAUCAAUUAGUUAACUUCUGUUGUAUAUGAAACGUUCAAAGGGACACUCUCAACUUUAAAUCUAGUCUAAUUGGGGAAAACUAAGCUCAGCAGUCUUUCAGCUGCAGCCCUUAAACUUUUCCAGUGACUUCUGCCCUCCGGCAGUUAAUACAUUCUGCCUGUUGCUAUGCAGGUUACUCAAACAGAAGGGUAACAGUGGCUACACAGAGGGAUUGUGUGCUUGAAGUAGCCAUGUGCACAAAUUGAACUUAAACUUUUUGUUUGCCAGUCCUUAGUCAACAAUAAUUCCAUGUCCAGGCAAAAUAGCUUGUAGUUGAUAAUGUCCCUUUCAAAAUAUCAUAGAUUAGCAGCUGUGAUGUGUUUGUUUAUGUAACAAUACAUAAUACAAUCGGAGUGUGUCAUUCUUGUGUUGCCAAUUCAGUUACCUCAAACAGGUAUACUAUCCCAGUUCUUUACCAUUACUUUGUAACCUGUGAGAGUUAAAACUGGCCAUCAGGGUACUUAAACUGGCUUGCUGUGUGACUUUCAACUAGAAAAUUCUCAGCUUACAGCUGAUGUUGUGGGAUGGUUAUGGAUAAAGAUGGAUAGUGGAAUAGAUGCAGAUUUUGUACCAUGCUGCUGUGGCGCAAGGUGAGUUUAUACAUGUUCUACUGCAUUUUAGAAAACUCACUAUCAGUUACAGGAAAUAAACUGUUGAGAUACGCUACAUUAGGUACCACUCCUUUCCUCUUAAGAGCACUGAGUGUUAGAUUAGUUGCAAUAGGUAUUAAAAAAGUAAGUGAUUAAAAGGAAAUAAGCUCGGAGAUGAUGUGUUCUCCAAGGUAAUUUUUUCAAAUGUUUAUUUUUACUAAAAAUAGUAAAACCACCACUAAUGGCAGGUUCAGCACACUGAUUAAACUACUUUCUAUAAAAUAAAAAGAUUGAUUUACUAA